UGAAUAUGACAAAAAAAUACAAAAAAUAUAAUAUCAAUGUCAAUAAGAAUAUAAAUUGUUGUCAUUAUCUUAAAUCUAUAAAUUUAGAAAAUUUUACUAAUCAUUUAAAAAAAUUUGAUUAUAACAGUAUUUUAUGUGAGCAUUGCAAAUUAGACUCCAACAUAAAUUAUUGUAUGUCAUGUGGUAGUUGUGUUUGUUUUGAUCAUUUAUAUCAACAUUCUUCCAAUCAUCUAGAAAUAAAAACAUUUCUGCAUUAUUUGUUCUUGCAUAUUAUAAAGAAUAAAGAUAAUAAUAAAUCAAUAAUAUCUUAUCAAGUUUAUUGUAUUAAAUGUAAGAAAUAUUUAGCUUCUAGAAACUCUGAUGCAUUUUAUUUGGCCAUCACAGAAAUUGUCAAUUUUGAUCACAAUAAAAUUGUACAGGAAAACAAUUCUGGAAUUUUAUUAAUGCAUAGGAACAAUAUAAAUAAAGUUGGUACCACUACACAUCUAAGGGGAUUGCAGAAUUUAGGCAAUACUUGUUUUUUUAAUUCAAUUAUGCAAACAAUGACACACACAGUUUUGUUUUGUGAAGCUCUCAAAUUUUAUGACAAUAAAAAUUUAAAUGAGGAACAAGAAAAUAUUAUAAACAAUAUACACAAAAAUAAUAUUUCAAAUGGAAAACACAAUUUAGUAGAAUAUUUACUUAAAAAGGAACAAAUAGUAAAUGGGGAAGCUAAAAAUAUAUUAAAAUUGGCAAAUUCAGUUAGUGAAUGUGAAAUCCCAUUGAUAUCUUCAACCAAUAAAUUUCUUAAAAAUAUGUCAUCAAUAACAAUAGAUAAGGCUCAAUCACAGUUAAAAACUAUUAAUCCAAAUGAACUUAUCAAUGCCUUUUAUAGAAAAUAUCCAUUUUUCGAAAGAGGAGCCCAGCAAGAUAGUCACGAGUUUCUUCUCUUAUUUCUCGAUUCUAUUAGAGAAGAAGAGAUUUUGCUAUUUAAAAUGAUUCUCAAUAAAUUAAAAUUAGAUAAAGAAAAAAUCAAUCAACUAUUAGGUGCUUCUAACAUUGUAUAUUCCUCAGUUAAUCAUAUAUUUGGUGGAAAAUUUUUAUCUACAUUGAAAUGCGAAAAUUGCCACAAAAUAAAUAAUGUGAUUGAACCAUUUUUAGAUGUAUCUCUCUCCAUCCCAAACAUAGACGAUGACAAACACGAUAAUAAUGUUAAAACAAGAAAUAAGAAAUUUUUAAAUGAAAACAAAGUUCAGAAAAAAACAAAUGUUACCUGUCCUAAAGGAGAUUCAACUAAAUUGUUAGCUGAUCAAAAUCUGGAUACUAGCGACUCUAAUCUUAGCAAACACCAAUUAAAGAAAUUGAGAAAACUCAAGAAAGUCAAAUGCAAUAACUCGCGAAAAAACCGCAGAAAGAGUGAAAAUGAAGAUAUUUCCACAGAUACGAAAUUCCUGAUUAAUGAAUCCGAAGUACAAGAAAUAAAAAUGUUGAAUGACGAUGUCAAUUUAAAUAAUGAUGCUUAUAAAUUUCUUUCCCCUCAAUCGUCGAUUGCCUAUAAAGAAUCAAUAACUCCCGAUUCAAAACCUUAUAUCAUGAGCUGUGAAAAUUUGAAGGAAAAUCUGAUUGGCGAAAAUAGCGACCGCCAUGAUGUUAUCAUUAAAGAUACCAUUCAGGUCAAUGUAGAAAGUCAAAUUAGCGAUGUUUUAGCUUCCUUAAACAUUAAAGAUAACGAUCAUCCUAAAAUAAAUGAUGUUAAUAAGCAAGAAUUUUUAUCAAACGUUGAAAAUAGUGGAAGUUCUGAUGAAGAUCUUCAUAAGAAUGAUAACCAAGAUAGUGAUGUCAUAAAAAAAUCCGAAAUAAAUUACAAUAAUUUUAAAAUUCUUGAUCGAAAUGUUAAAGAAACCUCAGUUGAUAGUAUAGCUUAUAAUGGACCACCUGUUGAGAAUCAGUAUUUAAAUACUGAUAAAGAUAAUGCUGAAAAUGAGAAAACACAGUGCGAGAUUAAAAAAGAAAUGUCAGCAGAUAGUAAACUUUGUAAUGGACAACCUGUUGAGAACCAGUGCUUAAAUAUUGAUAAAGAUAAUGCUGAAUAUGAAAAAUCACAGUACGAGAUUAAUAAAGAAAUUAAUGAUUGUAGUAAAAUCGAGGAUGUCAAACUAUAUGAAAUCUCUAUAUGUAACGAAAAUGAAGAUAAAACAUACAAUAAACAUGGGCUUUACAAGCUAUUUGAUGAGUUUGUUAAGACGGAAAUAGUUAAUUUACCCCUUUGUGAACAUUGCAAAGCCCAAGAUGUAACUAUUUGUAAAAAUAUGGCUAUAUUGUUGCCCAGUCCACGAAUUUUGAUGUUGCAUUUAAAAAGAUUCAUGCAAAAAAAAACGAAAUACUUUACGAAGAACAACAUAGAAAUAUCUUUUCCACAAUUACUUGAUCUAGCACCUUAUUGUGUCUCAGCUCAAAAUAAAAACACAAUCAAAAGCUUAGAAAAUCAAAAUACAUCAAAUGAACCAAAUACAUAUUCACUUUAUGCUGUAGUUUGUCACUCGGGUUCACUUAAAGGUGGGCAUUAUUACUGUUACGUUCAAGAUAAAACUUAUGAAAAUGACACUGAUAAUAAUAAUACAAAUACAUAUUGCUAUAUAAGUGAUUCUUUUGUAAAACGAAAAGUUAAAUUUGAACAAAUACCCAAAUCAGAUGCUUAUCUAUUGUUUUACCAACAAAUCUUGUUACCACCUUAGGUAAAUUAAUCAAGUUAGAAUAACAUACAAAUCAAUACCUUCCCUAUAAUAAUGAUAUAAUAAACUUAUUUGAUUGAAAUUGGAGCAUAUUUGUGUAUUAUAUAAAUAUCUCAUACCUUUUCAAGAAAACACACUAUGCAAUUUUAUUUUACAUUAUUAACAAUUGUAUUAUUAAUAUUUAUAUCAUAUAUAUUAUUGUUACUUAUAGCAAAUAAAUACCAGUGAAUAAGAUUAUUAUAUUGUCAUUUUUAAAAUUUUGGUAAUAGGGGUUGAAUCACUAAUCACAUUAUAAAAAUAUAAAAUUAAUUUAUAUAUUUUAACAGACAUGGUUGCCACUUGCCAGCCCCCACAGUGGUAAAUUUUACAAUUUUUUCUUUAUCAUGCACAGAACACUAGUGCAAGUCAUUUAAAAUUUCUCUCUUUAACAUGAUUAAAUGGUAAAUAAUAAUUUUUAAAAACAUUAAUUGCUUAAUUUUUUAAAUUAUAAUGAUAAGUAUU